UCGCAGUCACAGUUUCCGCUUGCCUCUCCACUGCCUGGUCCUUCUCCUUACGCUGGGCCGACUAGAGGUCUUACGGAGCGUCGUGAGCCUGAGUCUCGUCCUACGUCGCCUGAGUCUCGUCCUGAGUUGCCUGAGUCUCGUCCCGAGUCGUCAGCUCCCGCUGUCCGCACUGGUCGUCGUGCUCCGCGUCAGCGUCCUCCUCCUGUCCUUGGCACACACUAUAUGACUCUGCGUCCUUCCACUGCUCCUCAGCGUGUCCCUCUGCCGUCUCCUCCUGCGUCCUCUCUUCCUGACGUUGCUGACCCGCCGUCAGACCUUGCUCGUGCUGCCAGUCCUACUGUCACGCGUCUUCUCGCUACUGUUGUCACUGACCCUUCCUUUGAGUCCACUGCUGCGUCUGCUCUAGUUGCUGAGCUUGUUGACUUUGCUGCCGCCUGUCGUCUAGACUACGCCGCUAGCCUUGUUGCUGAGUCUGAGUCUGUCUGUCCUCCGUCCGUCGGGGGUGAGUGUGCUCUUGGCACGGACGUCCUUGAGGAUAGACAGGAGGAGUUUGAGUGCUUUGCCGCUGCUUUACCUCAUCUCGUGUCCAUGCUGAUUGCCCCUGAGGGAGACCCGGAUGCACCAGACAUCCCGACCCCGCGCUCUUACGCAGAGGCGAUAGAGGGUCCCUACUCCUCUCAGUGGCAGACAGCCAUGGACGCAGAGAUGGCUUCCUGGAAGUCCACAGGCACCUACGUUGACGAGGUUCCCCCACCUGGGGCGAACAUCGUCAGUGGCAUGUGGAUUUUCAGGGUGAAGCGGCUGCCGGGUUCUCCGCCUGUCUUCAAGGCGCGUUACGUUGCACGAGGCUUCAGUCAGCGAGAGGGAGUUGACUUCUUCCAGACCUUCUCCCCGACCCCGAAGAUGACCACUCUUCGGGUUCUGCUGCACGUCGCCGCUCAGCGUGACUACGAGCUCCACUCUCUUGACUUCAGCACUGCUUUCCUACAGGGCAGCCUGCACGAGGAGAUCUGGCUGCGCCGCCCACCUGGCUUCACUGGGUCGUUCCCUGCUGGUACCCAGUGGAGCCUUCGGCGGCCAGUCUACGGUCUCCGCCAGGCACCCCGUGAGUGGCACGACACACUGAGGACGACUCUUGCUGCUCUUGGGUUUGCUCCUUCUACUGCUGACCCGUCGCUGUUUCUACGCACCGACACCACUCUGCCGCCGUUCUACUUUCUCGUGUACGUAGACGACCUGGUCUUUGCUACUGCUGACACUGAGGCACUCGCCCACGUGAAGUCGGAGCUGCAGAAGAGACACACGUGCACAGACCUGGGUGAGCUGACAAGCUAUCUUGGCUUGCGGAUCACCCGGGACAGAGCACAGCGCACCAUCACCUUGACUCAGUCACACAUGGUGCAGCAGGUCCUUCAGCACUUCCGCUUCACGUACUCCUCGCCUCAGCCCACUCCUCUGCCUACCGGUCACUCGCUCUCAGCUCUGCCUUCGGAUGAGUCCGUAGAGCCGAGUGGCCCGUAUCCAGAGCUUGUGGGCUGCCUCAUGUACCUGAUGACCUGCACUCGACCUGACCUUGCAUACCCUCUUAGCAUCCUAGCACGCUAUGUCGCUCCUGGCCGUCACCGGAAGGAGCACAUGGAUGCCGCUAAGAGGGUGUUGCGCUACUUGUGCAGUACGUCGGGCAUGGGGCUUGUGCUUGGAGGACGGAGCGACGUUGUUCUCACUGGGCACUCAGACGCUUCUUGGGCUGAUGACCAGGCUACGCAGCGGUUGUCUCAGGGUUACACCUUCAGCCUUGGCUCUGGUUCAGUUUCUUGGCGUUCUACACGCUCUUCUUCAGUUCUCAGCUCCAGUUGUGAGGCUGAGAUCUACGCCACAGCCAUGGCUGCACAGGAGUUACGCUGGCUCACCUACCUGCUGACCGACCUGGGAGAGCGGCCUCGUUCUCCUCCAGUGCUGUACGUCGACAACAAGGCCGCCAUUGCCUUGUGUCAGGAGCACAGACUGGAGCACAGAACGAAGCACAUCGCUAUGCGCUACUUCCUUGCUCGAGAGUUGCAGCAGCGUGGUCAGCUUCGUCUUGCUUACGUGGCCACUCGGGCCAACACUGCUGAUGUGUUCACCAAGGCGCUUCAGCCUUGUGAUCAUCAGCGUUUCUGUACUGUUCUAGGCCUUGUGCCUACUGUCCCUCACUUGCUCACUUCUUGA